AUGGGUUGGUUCAGCGACGACUCUCAGCAGCGCGAGCACCACGACCAGUGGAACAGCUCCCAGGAGCACGACCCCAGCGUCGUCCAUGAGCUGAUUGCUGGUGCUGCUUCUUACGAGGCUGCUAAGGCUUACGAGCAGCACGAGGAGCGUGAGGGCAAGGCUCCCUCCCACGAGAAGGCCAAGGAGAUCAUGGCUGGUUUCGCCGGUGCCUUCGUCGACCGUGAGGUUGAGAGCAGAGGUCUUGACUUCGUUGACAAGGAGAAGGCUAAGUACCAGGCUCGCCAGCACAUUGAGAACGUUCCUGCUUCCCAGGCUGGAUGGUAA